GGGAAUAGCCACUCUAGCCGCUUCCUCUCCUCCUCCUCUUCCUUUUGAGGGCUGCUGGGAGUUGUAUUCGGAAAGGCGGCUGAGGACCAUGGAGGCGGCAGGGGCUUGGCGGCAGGGCGGCCGAGGCAGGGGCAGCAACAGGGCGGCCUCGGCGGGGAUGGGGAGCCGACCCGGCGGCCGAGGAAGGGCCCGAGGGACCGGAGUAGCGGUUUGGAAUAGCGGCGGCAGCGGCCCUGGAGCUAGCGAAUUGGCAUCACAGAAGAAAUUUGAUGAGAUCAAGAAGGCCAAUCAAGCUGCGGCUAAAAAGUUUGUGGAAGAGCAGUUUAGUUCCUCCUCUGAAGAAGAUGAAGAAGAGAUUGAAGGAAAACACGGAAGAAUAUUGGACAAAACAUUUACAACUUACACUGUUCAAGCCGGUGGAGAUGCAAGCGAAUUGGAGCGUACAAGACAGUACAUGAAUGAUGCUUUCCAGUCUGGGGCGAUGACAUGCUUGAUUUGCAUUGCUUCAAUUAAGAGAAACCAAGCUGUUUGGAGUUGCUAUGGAUGUUUUUGCAUAUUUCACAUGCCUUGCAUUCAGAAGUGGGCAAAGGAUAGCCUUUUCUUAAUAUCCUCUCCUUUGACAGAUGAUGAUUUUGGAAAAAAGGAUCAUCCAUGGCCAUGUCCAAAAUGCAGGUUUGAGUACAAGCGUUCUCAGACGCCCUCUCGAUACUACUGCUACUGUGGAAAGGUGGAAGAUCCACCAUUAGAUCCCUGGCUGGUUCCACAUUCCUGUGGCCAAGUAUGCGAGAGAGAUUUCAAACCUCCCUGUGGACACAAGUGCCUGUUACUAUGUCACCCAGGUCCUUGUCCACCUUGUCCAAAGAUGGUGACAGUAACGUGUUACUGCAAGAAAGCCAAAGCUGUGCCGCGGAGAUGCAGCACAAAGGAAUGGUCAUGUCAGCUGCCUUGUGGACGGAGGUUGCCGUGUGGACAACACAACUGUGAAAAAGCUUGUCAUCCAGGAGACUGUCAACCCUGCCCGAGAAUUAGUAAGCAAAGGUGUGUCUGUGGUAGACAGGUAGCAGAAAGACUUUGUGCAAGCCCUUUAUGGCAGUGUGAUCAGGUUUGUGGUAAAACAUUGCCUUGCAGCUAUCAUGUCUGUGAAGAGAUUUGUCAUGGUGGCCCUUGUGGGGAAUGUCCUCGUUCCGGCAAAAGGUCUUGUCCAUGUGGAAAAUCCAAAUUUUCUUUGCCGUGUACAGAGGAUGUGCCUACUUGUGGUGACAGUUGCAACAAAGUUCUUGAAUGUGGCAUUCAUCGAUGUUCACAGCGCUGCCACCGAGGCCCCUGUGAAAUCUGUAGGCAGGAAGUUGAGAAGCAGUGCCGUUGUGGAAAGCAUACAAGGCAGAUGCCCUGCCAUAAGCCAUAUCUUUGUGAAACAAAAUGUGCAAAAAUUCGUGACUGUCAAAAACACCAGUGCAAGAGGAAGUGCUGCCCUGGAAACUGCCCAGCAUGUGAUCAGGUUUGUGGAAGAACUCUGGGGUGUCGGAAUCACAAGUGUCCUUCAGUCUGCCACAGAGGUAGCUGCUAUCCAUGUCCUGAAACUGUAGAUGUGAAGUGCAAUUGUGGCAAAACUGUUAUCAAAGUACCUUGUGGGAGAGAACGUACCACUAAACCCCCCAGGUGCAAAGAACUAUGCAGGCAUCCACCUACUUGCCAUCAUCCUAGCCGGGAGAAGCACAGUUGCCACUUCGGGCCUUGUCCUCUUUGCCGGCAGCCCUGCAGGAAAACCUUAGAAAAGUGUAGUCACCUGUGCCCUGCUCUUUGUCAUGAUGAAGCACUGGUGAAGCAAACUGGCCUGCAUCAGCCUGCUGGGCCUUGGGAGCAGACAGCUGAACCUGCUUUUAUUCAGACAGCAUUACCAUGUCCUCCAUGUCUAGUUCCUGUUCCAAUGCAAUGCCUUGGGAAACAUGAGAUGAGUCCACUGCCAUGUCAUGCUGUGGGACCCUACUCUUGUAAAAGAGUUUGUGGAAGAUUGCUUGAUUGUCAGAACCACACUUGCAUGAAAGAAUGCCAUAAAGUUACUGAAACAGAUAGUAACAAUGAUGGCCAAAAGGCAGGUCCAGAGUGUUUUCAGUGUGAAGAAGAAUGUUCCAAGCCACGGCCACCUGGAUGCCCUCACUCUUGCCCUUUGCCUUGCCAUCCUGGAGAAUGCCCAUCAUGUGCCCAGAUGAUUCGGAUGAAGUGCCAUUGCAAACUAUCAAGUCUUUACAUUGAAUGCAUAAAAAUCACUUCUGCAGACCUAAAGGAAAAGGAGGAACUGAGUUCCUGUAAAAAUCAGUGUCCAAAAGAGCUAUCCUGUGGUCAUCGAUGUAAAGAAAUUUGCCAUCCAGGUGACUGUCCUCAGAACUGCAACCAAAAGGUCAAGGUCCGCUGUCCUUGCAAAAGGCUCAAAAAGGAAAUGCUGUGUAGCAAGCUUCGAGAAGGCCAGGUUUCAUUAGAAUGUGAUGCAGUAUGCCAGGAAGUGAAACAGAAAGCUUUUGAGUUGAAAGAAGCAGAAACCAGAGCUGCCAUUGAAGAGGAAAAAAGAAGGCAACAGGCUGAAUUGGAGGCUUAUGAGAACAGGCUAAAAGGGCGCCGGAAAAACAAGAGAAAAAGAGAUGAGGUUGAAGUUGAAAAAUCUGUAUGGCAAAAAUAUAAGAAUAUGAUUGUACUGCCAAUAUUUGGGGCUGCCGUUGUAAUGGUUGCAUGGUUCAUUGCCUACAAUGACUGAAAUCGUAAUAUUUACUUCAGCAGAUACGAUUGUCGUAAAAAGUUUGUUGUAUAAAGUAGGAUUUGAUAUCCGGUUGUGAAAAAAAAAAAAACCACAAUCUACCCCCCGAUUAAUUUGAAAUACAUUGCAAGUCAUUAUUUCAUGCCAUUAACAGUGGACACAGAUUUGAACUGUCUCAUUGGAGGGGAGAUCAUUCACGUACUAUUCCUGUUCACAUUCUUGUGUUUCACGUUAAUGAGCAAUAAUUUCCAUGCAUGCACUCACUGAAUAUUAGAUUUAAAUAGUUAACAGUGUUCUCGGUGAAUAGGAAGAAUAAAAACUUGAUACUAUCAUAAAUGAUCACGUCUAUUACCUGUCAAAGAAUAUAUGGAAACGCGAAUUCCAUAAAAAUCACUAAAUGCAUUGCCCUACUACUAGAUGUAGCAUAUGUGUAUGCUACAACACCCUCUUGCAUGCAAAGGCCAUUUUUGUAUGCUUCACACCAAAUGCAAUCAUUUUGCCUUAACUGGGUUAUCAGAACAGAGGUAAACAUCAUAAUUUUUGUGAGUCAUUAAAACAAAAUAUGAAACUACUCUGGCUGUACAGAAGUCCUGUGUCAGAAGUAGCUUUUUGUAAUACAAUUUCAGCAUUCUGUAUUCAAGAGACUUUUUCCUCAGGAUCCUGUUUCCAAAGAGAAAAGUUGUUUUUUUCUCAUAGAUAUUGUUGAGCUCUAAUGCAAAUAGUGAUAUUAUAGCCUUUACUUUAAAUUCUACUUUGUACCCAGCCCAAAAAAAAAAAUCCUUCAAGUCAUAAUAAUUCAAAGACAGGCAUUUUUUUGUAUAUAUAUAACGUUUCACAAAGACCAAUAACUUUAAAUACGUUAAUAUGUAUGUCUGAUGUAUGUGUAGUUGUGUUAACAUUUCAGAAAGUAGUAUAUGUACAGUUGGUAAAUUAAUUCUUUAUUCAGGUGUACAGAUAUGUACAAUAAAAUGUGGAUUUGCUCUCAAAAUCAUGUUUUCAGAUGUAAAAGUAGUAGUUUACAUGUUGAAAUAAUUUGGUUAGAUGUUUCUCUUAACAAACAGCUUUGCCUCAAUUUUUUCAGAAGUGAAUGAUUAAGGUAAUCACUCAAAACCUGAACAUGGAAAAUGUCACAUCAAACUGAAGGAAGCACACAUUUUUCAUCCUCUCUUGUACUUAAUUUACCAUUUAAAUAUUAUUUAUGGUCAGUUUGGAUGUUCACAGGACUCCAAUUUAUCAGAUAUCGCAACUAGAAAUGUUAAUCAAGUCUUUUGGGUUUGUGUUCUUGUUAUAAUGAGAGAAAAUCCAUGCCAAUAUGUAUUUAAAUCAUUCUCUAGGUUUACAUGUUAAUAUGAUUUCCUUGCUUCUUUAAGAGGAGAGCUAUGUAUUGUUUUAGGUAUUUCAAAAUUGAUAUUAAAACACUCUUAUUCCA